ACACUCACCAUUGUAUACCGAGAUAUACAAGAGAAGGGAGUCAAUACAAACUCCAACUUCACCUUAGGAUGGAUGUGUUUAAUAUACAAAAAGCACAAACGCAGCUCCAUUGAAAACUACAGGCCAAUCACUCUCUUAAACUUGGACUAUAAACUACUCAUGAGGGUACUAGCGAUGCAACUAGCAGUGGUCAUCCCAUCCCUAAUACACAAAAAUCAGGCAGGGUUCAUAACAGAAAGAUCGAUAUUUGACCAGACCAGGCUCUCCUAA